AUGCAGGCCCAGCAUGCCGACCUUCAGCGCGACCUGCAGCGCGGUCAACUUGACCCUCCUAAACUUCCCAUCCUCUCUUCUCCCAGCGCUUCUCCCCUCGGUGUUGUCUCCCACCUUCAGGAUCUUGAUCGCUACUUCGACGAUUAUGCCUCUCGCUUCCCCAACGGUGAUCGAACUUCCUCUCGUUGGCAAGUCACCCAAGCGAAUCGAUCCAUAGCCAACAUCGUUUCCUACCAGUACUGGUCUAUGGCUACUGGUGCUGCCUGUACUUCCUGGGACCAUUGGCGCCGCGAGUUCAAGAAGAAGGCGCUGUCGGAGGAUUGGGAGGCGGAUAUGAGGCGAGAGUUCGAGGGUUUGAAGUGUGACGGCACCUCGUUGGGAGCUUGGCAGAGGUUCGAGGAGAAAGCCGGGGAAUGCCAGAUGGUCCUUAGGCAAGUCGUGAGAGUCAAAAGCAGACCGGGUAGAUACGUUGUCGGAGGGUGGGGCACGGGGAGUGCCACCAGCCAGCUUGUGGGGAGGGAUGUCGUGGUCGGGGAAAGGGGUGGGGUCGCGAACGCGCGGAUCAGGCCCGUCCUGGCGGAGGGGAACAGUAGGCCCAAGGACAAUGGCGCCAGCAGCAUCAAGAUUAUGCCCAUCCUCGUCGACAUAGAUGGGAGUGGGAGGUGUAGGGUCGGGCUUGGGUUUAGGUUCUUCAGGCAUCAUCGCUAA